CUACGCGCCGGCCCGCCCGCCCGUUCCCUCCCUCUCCCUGCUCCCCACCAACAUCAUGGCCUCUCGCGCGCAGCCCCCUCCCCCGCCUCCGCCCGCGCACCUCCGCCCGCGCCUCCACGCGGUGCCGCUCUUCUCCCGGCGCGCCCCGCGAUGCCGCGGCGGACGCAGCCGCCUCCUCUCCGCGCUCCCGUCCCCGUCCCCUUCGCCGCCCUCGCGCUCGCAGCGCGUCUCCACCGCGCCGCCGCUCGAGCGCGGACGCGGGCCCGCGCCCGCGCCGCCGUCCACCGAGCAGCAGCCGCAGCAGCCGCACGGGAACCCAGUGCUCGCCGCGGAGAUCGCCCGCCUCUCUGCCGCCCGCGCGCGGCUCCGCGCGGCGCGCACGCUCGGCGACAAGCUCCGCGCGCUCGACGCCGAGCCCCGCGUCGCGGCGUUCUUCGGCGAGGAGUCCGGCCGCGGGGCUCUGGGCGCGCUCGAGCCCCGCGAGGCGCUCCUGCUCAAAUGCCUCGUCGCGGCGGGGCAGGAGCACGUGCUCGGCGAUGAGCUCGACUGGUACGGCGGCGGCGGCGAUCAUCACGAGCUGCACCGCCGCAAUGGGGCCAGCAGCGGGAGCGCGCUGCGGGAGGCGCUGUAUAGCCUGGCCGGUCUGGUCGGGAAGUGGAGCUCGGAGGGAGUGGCGGGUGGCGAGAAGGGGAGCGGGGAGACGGAGGCGCUCCGGAGUCUGCUUAAGUUCCUCAGCGACGUCGAGGAGUUCUACGACUGCAUUGGGGGUAUCAUCGGCUAUCAAAUUAUGGCAUUGGAGCUCCUUUCAGCCUCAAAGGACCGCAUGCACCGACCUAGCAAAGACAAGUUUGUUGAUUUCCAUGUUCCCAGUGGACUUAAUCUAUUGGAGGAUACAGAGUAUGCAUCUCAAGCAGCUUUGUGGGGAAUCAAGGGUUUGCCAGAACUGGGUGAAAUUUAUCCGAUUGGUGGUGCGGGUGAUCGUCUUGGUUUAGUGGACUCAGAUACUGGUGAAUCCCUUCCUGCUGCAUUGCUUCCUUACUGUGGGAGGUCUCUAUUGGAAGGGCUGAUACGGGAUCUGCAGGCUAGAGAGUUUCUUCACUUCAAGAUCUUUGGACAUCAAUGUAUAACCCCGGUUGCAAUCAUGACUAGUUCAGUGAAGAAUAACCAUGAGCAUAUAAUUACGAUAUGUGAAAAACUUGAUUGGUUUGGCCGAGGCCGUGACAAUUUCCGGUUGUUUGAACAGCCAUUGGUACCUGUAGUAAAUUCUGAGGAUGGUAAAUGGUUAAUCAGCAAAUCACUUUUCCCUGUUGGUAAACCUGGUGGUCAUGGUGCUAUCUGGAAACUUGCAUAUGAUAGAGGUAUAUUCCAAUGGUUACAGCGACGUGGCAGAAAGGGUGCAACUGUACGCCAAGUCAGCAAUGUUGUUGCUGCAACUGAUUUGACCAUGAUGGCAUUGGCAGGAAUAGGCCUCCGAUGCAAUAAGAAAUUAGGUUUUGCAUCUUGUGAGCGAAGACCGGGUGCUACUGAAGGGGUGAACGUUCUUAUUGAGAAACAAAACCGCGAGGGACUGUGGUCAUAUGGUAUCACUUGCAUUGAGUACACUGAGUUUGAAAAGUAUGGCAUCCCAGAACCUACAGUAACUGCUGGCAGUUCGCAGGUUAGCUAUCCAGCAAAUACAAACAUUCUCUAUGUUGAUCUGCAAGCAGUAGAGGAAGUUGGAUCCCGUAAAAAUGCUAGUUGCUUGCCGGGGAUGGUGCUGAAUUUGAAAAAGUCAGUAUCUUAUGUGGACCAUCUGGGCUUUGAGUGUAGUGCUGCUGGAGGCAGGCUAGAGUGCACAAUGCAAAAUAUUGCAGAUAAUUUUAUGAACACAUAUAACUACAAAUGCAGCAAAGGAAUAGAAAGUGAGCUUGACACUUUCAUUGUAUACAAUGAAAGGAAAAGAGUCACUUCAUCAGCUAAAAAGAAGCUGAAAUCAGAAGGCAGAUCAUUGCACCAGACUCCAGAGGGUUCACUCCUUGACAUUAUGCGUAAUGCUCAUGACCUCCUUUCUGGAUGCAGCAUAGAUGUUCCCAUGGUCAAAGAUAACAGCGAGUAUUUGCAUUCUGGACCACCAUUUCUCAUAUUUCUUCAUCCUGCUUUAGGUCCAUUCUGGGACAUCAUACACCAAAAGUUCGUAGGUGGCUCUAUUUCUAAAGGUUCAGAGUUGCAAAUAGAGGUUGCAGAAUUUCUAUGGAAAAAUGUUGAGCUGGAUGGAAGCCUUAUUAUUGGUUUUGUAAAUAGUCUACGUUUACUACUCCUAAUUAGUAUCUAAACAUUCGAUGUGACACGUGCUAAAAAUAAGACACGGGAAGAAAACGCCCCCAUAUAUCCCCUAAGUAUGGAUUUUUAAUGCAACUUUUGUUGAAAGGUGUGGGAGAUGCAGACUGCAGAAUGUUAAAAUUGUGAAUGAAGGGAUCAAUUGGAUUUCUCCUAGUAAUGUCUAUUGGAAGCAUGACGUUGAGAGAUCGGAAUCUGUAAAAAUUAUUCUUCAUGGAAAUGCGGAAUUUGAGGCAAAGGAUGUAGUCUUGAAGGGUAACCAUGUAUUUGAAGUUCCCGAUGGCCAGAGAAUGUGCAUCAUUCAGGACAGAGCAGGUUUUGUUGUUAACUUGGAUCCUAUAAGUGAGGACAUGAUGGACAGUGGAACCUGGCACUGGAAGUAUACAGUCGAUGGUGCCCAUGUGAAGUUGAAUUUGAUAGAACUAUAAGGACAUAAUAUCAAUCACAGAUUCUUGAUUCAUUGAUUUCCAGCCAGCUUAAUUUUAUUGAGAGCACGCCGGCACGCAUGACGUUGGUUGACUUUAGUCCAGAUUGUAGGUGGUGUUGUAAAAGAUAAGGGGGUAUUGAUUUUGUACAGUGCAAGUGACCUAUUCUCUUCCUGAAGAGGUGAUGUACAAGAAUAGAUAUUUUCAAACAUGAGGAGAACACUCGUUCUCCGAAAGUUGUCAAAUAACAUUUUUUUUUCUGUUUGGCUUCCAUCAUUUUUGUACUAUUUGUAGUCUCUGGAUCACUGGGUGUCUUAUGUCAGGAGCAGGACUCAGGACCAACUUUUAGUAAAAUUCUAUUCUGUAAA